UGAAGCUUUCAGGCACUUUAGGUUACCUAGCUCCGGAGUAUCUUUUAGUUGGGAAAUUAACAGAUAAGAGUGAUGUCUAUGCAUUCGGUAUUGUGUUGUUGGAACUAUUAUUGGGAAGAAAGCCUGUAGAAAAACUGGCACCAGCUCAAUACAUAUCUAUCGUCACAUGGGCCAUGCCUAAGCUUAUUGACAGAUCUCAACUCGCAAACAUUGUGGAUCCUGUGAUUAAAAAUACCAUGGAUUUGAAGCAUUUAUAUCAGGUUGCAGCUGUAGCUGUGUUAUGCGUGCAACCAGAACCGAGCUAUCGUCCGUUGAUAAAUGAUGUUCUCCACUCACUUAUUCCUCUUGUUCCUACGGAGCUCGGAGGGACCUUAAGAGUUGGACGAUAUGUAGUCCCUUGACCCAAAAGCCAAAACCUACCUAGUUCAGUCUUGACAUGUCUCAAAAUCGGUAUCAGACUUGGUUUCAGUUUUUUUUUUUCUAGGUAAAAUCAUAGUUCUGCAUC